AGGAAAUCUGCCUGGUCUCCGGCAGCCGCCGCUUCCCCUUUGAUGUUUUGGUCCGCCGUGCGCAUGCGCCUCACAUUAGAAUUACUGCACUGGGCAGACUAAGUUCGAUCUCCUCUCUUCAGUGAAACCCUCAAUCACACCGAAAACUAAAGGGAUGUGGAGAGUGCGGAAAAGGGGCUACUUUGGGAUUUGGUCAUUUCCCUUGAUCAUCGCCGCUGUCUGUGCGCAGAGUGUCAAUGAUCCUAGUAAUAUGUCGCUGGUUAAAGAGACGGUGGAUAGACUCCUGAAAGGCUAUGAUAUUCGUCUGAGACCAGAUUUUGGAGGUCCCCCCGUGGCCGUGGGAAUGAACAUUGACAUCGCCAGCAUCGAUAUGGUUUCUGAAGUCAAUAUGGAUUAUACCUUGACAAUGUACUUUCAGCAAGCCUGGAGAGAUAAGAGGCUGUCCUAUAAUGUAAUACCUUUAAACUUGACUCUGGACAACAGAGUGGCAGACCAGCUUUGGGUGCCCGAUACCUACUUCCUGAACGAUAAGAAGUCAUUUGUGCAUGGAGUGACUGUUAAGAACCGCAUGAUUCGUCUGCAUCCUGAUGGCACAGUCCUUUAUGGACUCAGAAUCACAACCACGGCUGCCUGCAUGAUGGACCUAAGGCGGUACCCACUGGAUGAACAAAACUGCACCUUGGAAAUUGAAAGCUAUGGAUAUACAACCGAUGACAUUGAGUUUUACUGGCGUGGAGAUGAUAAUGCAGUAACAGGAGUAACAAAGAUUGAACUUCCACAGUUCUCUAUCGUAGAUUAUAAACUUAUCACCAAGAAGGUCGUGUUUUCCACAGGUUCCUAUCCCAGGUUGUCCCUCAGCUUUAAGCUUAAGAGAAACAUUGGCUACUUUAUCCUGCAAACGUACAUGCCUUCUAUCUUGAUUACCAUCCUCUCCUGGGUCUCCUUCUGGAUUAAUUAUGACGCCUCAGCUGCAAGAGUGGCAUUAGGAAUCACAACUGUUCUCACAAUGACUACAAUCAAUACCCACCUCCGGGAAACUCUCCCUAAAAUCCCCUAUGUGAAAGCCAUUGACAUGUACCUGAUGGGGUGCUUUGUCUUCGUUUUCAUGGCCCUUCUGGAAUAUGCUUUAGUCAACUACAUUUUCUUUGGGAGGGGGCCCCAACGCCAAAAGAAAGCAGCUGAGAAGGCUGCUAGUGCCAACAAUGAAAAGAUGCGCCUGGAUGUCAACAAGAUUUUUUAUAAAGAUAUUAAACAAAAUGGGACCCAAUAUCGAUCCUUGUGGGACCCUACUGGAAACCUCUCCCCAACUAGACGGACUACCAAUUACGAUUUCUCUCUGUAUACGAUGGACCCACAUGAGAACAUCUUACUGAGCACUCUCGAGAUAAAAAACGAAAUGGCCACAUCUGAGGCUGUAAUGGGACUUGGAGACCCCAGGAGCACGAUGCUGGCCUAUGAUGCCUCCAGCAUCCAAUAUCGGAAAGCUGGGUUGCCCAGGCAUAGUUUUGGCCGAAAUGCUCUGGAACGACAUGUGGCACAAAAGAAAAGUCGCCUGAGAAGACGUGCCUCCCAACUGAAAAUCACCAUCCCCGACUUGACUGAUGUGAAUGCCAUAGAUCGGUGGUCCCGCAUAUUCUUCCCAGUAGUUUUUUCCUUCUUCAACAUCGUCUAUUGGCUUUAUUAUGUGAACUAAAAUAUGGCCUCCCACAGGAAGCAAGGACUAGAUUCCUCCUCAAACCAGUUGUACAGCCUGAUGUAGGACUUGGAAAACACAUCAAUCCAGGACAAAAGUAAUGCUAAAAUACCUUAGUUGCUGGCCUAUGCUGUGGUCCAUUUCAUGCCAUUCCGGUUGCUUCUGCUAAGGAAUGAAUAUACUAAGGUCCUUGUGGUUUUCCAGUUGAAAUGCAAGUGAUUUGUACACAUGGUGGCAAGAAUGAGUCUGAGUGUUCUACUUUAUCUGUUUAGUAUGCAGCCUACUUAGAGGGGAAUUAUUUAGAAGAUAAUCUUAGAAGGCUCAAUAGCAUUGUCAGUCAUUUCCCUGAGAAGUGGUCGUAGCCAGAUAACUCCCAUCUUCAUUUCUGAGGUUGGCAUGCUGUUGAGAUGGCAUUGUGCUUAUGAAACAUUAUCUGCAAUGCCACAUAAACACAUUACUUGAAGAUGGUAUAUGCUUGUCUUAUUAAGAUGAUAACAAUGUAAUGGGAAGAUAAUCAUCACUGAUUCUAAAAGAUCCUUGUGUAGUUGAAGCAGGAUAUAGGGAGUCAAGAUAGAAACUCAGGAAACCAAUUUAGCCAAUCUCUUUGCUUGAGCGUAGGAAAUCAACUGUGAUGUCUUUCAUUUUGGCAUUGAGAGACAAGGAGACUUCUAAAUAUUAUCAUGCAUGGUGGCCAAAGGAAUUUUUGCUAAAAAGCUGUGUCCUAGGUGGUUAAAAUAAGAGUUAACAACACAAAGCACAGUAGAAAAUCCAGAAAAGACUGUAGCAGCAAAAUUAAAAUAAGCAAGCAAGCAUGACCCUUAUCAGCUUCACACAGCAUCUGGUCUGUACAUACUGUGUCCAGUGGCAAAGGGUAGAGGAAGACGGAUUUUUUUUUCCAGCUUCACAAGCUUUUGACAGCAUACCUAAAGAGGUUUUUAUACUUUAACCAAAAGGCAACCAUAAAAUACUAAAGUUAGAGAAAUUAGAAGUAUCUUGGAUGGUCAAAUUAGACUGGGUAUCAUUCAAAUAUACAAAUUUAGAGGACAGGCAAAGUUAAUAAACAGAUUGUUUUUCUCAAACUCUGUCAGAUGUCCCUGCAACAUUUCCCUAUAAGUUUGUUUCAGAAUUUAAUAGGAUUUCAAGAAAAGGAUUUGUUCAUUGCUUUAAAAGAUUCAUGGUCCUCUUCAACUUGAAGAGACAAAGUAAGGCUUUGGAGAUUUAGUGAACAUAUAUUCUCAUGUGCAGUGAAAUUUGCCAUUUUAAUUUUUUAGAGCAAACAAUACUUCAAAGAGUAUGUGCACAAGGAGAGUUAAUUUGUGGAUUCAUUGGGUUUGAUUUUUUAAGGGAGCUUUUGUUGUGUAUGUUGCAAUAUGUCUAAUCAAGGAAAAUACGAAAACUAGUGGAAAAUAAGAUAGUAACAUAACCACAUUAACAUGAUGAAUGUUAUUAGCCUCAGUUGAUACUGCAGAAAAAUAUGUAACUGUUAAUCAGGCAGGCAUGAUGUAAUGUUUUUAUUCUAUUUUUAAAUUAUGUCAUCGUACUUCUUUCUAUACUAAUUGGACAUAUGCAGUCAUAUGUUAGAGAGUAAAGAGUAUAAGCUAAUAUAUUUUAUACCUAUCAAUGUGAGGCUCAUAUUUUGCUCUUCUCGUAGAAAAGAGAGAAUUGCCAAAUUUUCCUUAAAGUUUGAUUUCAUUGAACACUUUCCUGGAAGAUGACUUUGCUAUAUCUAUUUUAAAAACAAGCCAAAAUCCCUCUUCUGUUUAGAGUAACAUUUCUAAUUGUGAAUAGUAGCCAGCAUCUGCCUGUGGAUAAAAUGUAUGUUUUCUUCCCUUCAUGAUUCAGCAACUUGCAAUAUGAUGGAGUAAUAUGUCCCUUGCAUUCCAACUAUCAGAGAGCAGCAACAAAAGGUUUACCAUUUAACGUUCUGAAUUUGCCCCAAAAUGAGAUGGUAUUUUUUUCACCAGUGUAGGGAACCUUGGCUCUUAUACUUUAAAUACAUACUUGAACCCUUCUGUCUGAGUAUAAUCUUUGGGCAGAAUCUAACCAAGGUUCUUCCCAUAGACUCAGAAUAGAGAUUCCUCAUGUUUCUCCUAGGCGAUCAUUUUGGGGCAUCACACUAAUAAAAGUGCCUGGCCCUUGUUUCCAGGGGGUAAAGUUUGAGUAGAAAAUAUCAAGAAGGAGCAUAUUGAUAACUCAGGGGCACAAUUCCAAAAUGCCGUUCUCAAAAGGCUUUUCUAGAAACAACUCAGAGCCCAAGUCUAGAAGUGGGCUCUUAUGUGCAUUUACUGUAAAAGCCAUACAAAUAUUUGAUAUUGUCUUUUAUGGUUACAACAAAAUUUUGAAUGUUUUGGGAAGUCAUCAGAGCAGUCUAGAUCAAAGUGGAGAAAAGCAUCUUUGCAUCAUGAGCCUCAAAAAUCAUAUGACCAGGAAUUCAUUUCUGCUGUUGAUUUUAGAAGAACUUAAGCAAAGGAAAAAAGAUGGGACUAAUGUCCAAGAGUGAAUACCAUGCACUGGAACUCAGUAACCACAUAAGUAGAAACAAUUGACUCAUCGUCUCCAGAAAUAAUAGUAGAUGUAGAAUUUAUUCUUCUUAAUCUGUAUGUUUACUGUGGUUAAAUUAGAAUGCAAUCAUCAAAUGCAGGGAGGGGUGCUAGACCUAAUAAGUCUUGAGAGACCAGUCAGCUUGAUGUCCGGUGGUUAAACCAAAGGACCAUAAAGGUGUGUUGUGGUAAUUCUCAUAUGGUGUUACUAUCAGUUUAUACAUAUGUAUAGCUUUUCUUUUAAUUAUAAAUAGCCACCAAAUAGCCAGCAAUUAAGGUGUUUUUCAUCUUCGUGAAAUUCAUAGACAAAUUCUGACUCUAAAAUGCACAGUCUACAUGAAAACUUUGAUCUCAAUCUGUAUAUAUAUAUUGUACAUGACUGCUAGUAGGUAUGAAAUGCAUUUCAGAAUUGAAAACUCAUGCAACAUAACCAUGUGUUUGCAUAAGGAAUGUUACAAUUCUUUUUACUGCAAUUUAAUAACAGGGGAAAAGACUCAAGCAGUGCCAUCUAGACCUUUUCUCUUCUCAUUUCUUCAAAACCAGUGCUAAAUAAAGUAAUAAUAAUGCUAAAAAUGGUUUAUGAACCAAAAGAUUUUACAUUCUAGCAUUAGAAACACAAAAAAAAUCUGUCAGCUUACAAAAGCACAACACAUAAAGUGCAGUGGAAUGCUUAGUGGAGAAAUGAAUGAUGUUUAUUUUAAACAAGACCUGUAUUAAAUUGGCGAGUAAGACAAUUUCCAUUUUCUAGAGGUAACUGUGGCCCAAUUUUAUGACUAACUUCAUACUCAACCACAAAAACAACCAGACGGCAUCAACAAAAACAGGUCUCACAACAUAUCUACAUGUAUAUAUGUGUAUAUAUUGAUCCAUGUAAACAUACAUACAUAUAUAUGCAUUCAUAUGUUGGAAAACAAAAAGGAUAAGCUAAUAUGUUAUGUUUUUUUAAUUAAACCAGUGUAUGAGUAUUUUUAAUUUGGCAGCCAACAAUCAACAUACUGAAAUAAUUAAUACAGGGUACUGAACAUUUCUCUAUCAGCAAAUCAAUGCCUACAAUUCUUAUGAACCAUUGCAGUCUGACACUACAAUUGUACUGUACCUGGGAACAUCAGAAGUUAAGUAGCUCUUACAUUGCUUAUCUAAUUGCUCUCUUUUUCAAGGAAACAACAUUAUCCAUCAGUGAUUAAAAACAAAAAAGUCUUAAGGAAAUGGAAAAUGAUAAAAAUUCCUCUUAGGGGGAGAAAAGAAAAGGAAAUAAACCCCGCCAUGUUGGUUAAGGCAAAAUACUCAAAACUGUAGCAAUCAUGCCAUUUUGCUAAGUGUCCAGAGUACAUGUAAUGUGAGCAACCAUAACUUUCACUGAGCGUGUGUAAAUAUUUAAACAGAUUUCUUAAAUAUUUUUAACUUCUAAUUUGUAUUUUAUGGUAAGGCAAUGUGCUAAUUCUGUUUAUGGCUUAAGUUGAUGUGUUAUAAUAUGUAAAUAAUUAAACAUGCUGUAAAUGAAUAGUCAAUAGAUACAGAUAAUUGUUUAAUUUUUUUCUUAAUUUUUAUUUAUUUUUUACUGAGUACGGUUACUACAGUGCCCCAGCAGAGUAAUUUAAACACCCUUCUGCAUACAUAGUUUGGGAAUCCCAGACAGAAGGGUUUCAAUUUGCUGUCUCACACACAUACACAGUCACACACAGUCACACAAGCAUACAUACUCAAACACACAUACUCUUUCACAUGCCUGCCCACUCACUCACUACCCCUCUCUUCUCCUCUAUGGGAAACACUGUAGUGUUUCUGAGCCAAUGUAACAACCAAGAGAUAGCCUUAGAAAUGACAUUCAUAAAAAGCAAAAAUGGUCAUUGAUAACUUGAUAGAGUUUUUUUAAUAUGUUGGAGUCCAAGAAACCAAAGUUUGCGACUUAAAUCUCAAAUUUUCAAAGAGUAAAAGUUUGUAUAGAUGACAGUACAGAAAAUAAAUAUGUUUAUUCAUACCAGCUCCAAAAAGUUAUUACACAUAAUACAUACUAGAAGACUUUUUUUUAGUAAUUGCAUUUUAUCCUUAGAUAGUAUUGUUCCUUUCAACCAAAGACUCCAGAAUUAUUUUUAAAAAACAAAAAAGAGAAAACCGAAAAGAAAAUGAAGGGAAAAAGGACACUGCUUCACACCAAAGGUUUAAAAAACAUUUUCCAAAUGCACUAGGAACAAUGUAAAAAUAGUAAGGAGUGAACAGAAUGCUAAUUAAGAUAGUGCAAGACAUCACUGAAAAACAAAAACAAAACAGCACUCUUAAAUAGCUAUCAAUUUUAUUGGAAACUGAAAGUAGAACAUUUCUGUAGAUAUAUGCAAAAUUCUGACAUCAAAUUUUAAUUUUCUUUGAGAAAUGUUUUUGUGAUAAACAAAUAUGAUCCAAAAUUAUGAUAAACAAAACUUCAUGUCCUUUGAGUUCCAAGCCAAAUGCCACUCUUUGUCACAUGUCCUCUAAUCUGAUGCUCAUGCAUGUGUCCUUGCACCAUUUGAAGCAAGUUGACAGUUCCAUCAGCUUGUAUCUUUUUCUUUUCUUUCUUUCUUUUGUUUUUUUGGUUCAAUAAUGUGAGUUCAACAAUGGUCAUUUUAGACAUAAUUAAUUUAAACAAAGUUGCCUAUAAUUUAAAUUCCAUAACAUUUUCAAUUUUUCUUUGCAUGGGUGUUUAAAUAGUUUUGUUAUGAAUAUUGUCCCUGCGCACUUCUAAAUUGUCCUUUUAUAAAAAGUGGUAUUCUAGUUUCUUCACAAUGUAGUGAUUAUCAGCCUUACUAAUUACCUUGUAGCCUUUCUUAAUAUGCACAUAAUGCACAUUUUCCAACGGCUAGAAAAUGCAAAACACAAGUGGAUACCAUUGCAUCUAUUUUCAUGUCUUUCUAAAAACAAGACUUCUAAAUCUCUGGGAUAAAUGAGAUAGUGAAAAAAAUGAGGAUUAUAAAUGAAUAGCACAUGAUUAUUUUCUUGAAUUUAAACUUAUUGCAGCCAGUUUUAGCAUGUAAAUAUAUAAUAAUGUUGGCUAGUGUGUAAUUCUUGAACUAAAAUAUAAAUAAAAAUAAAAAGAUCAUGUGUGUGGUUUCA